AGUAACGCAGGGUGUUCUGAACAACGGCUGGUGGUGACAUUUUAAACAAGUAGAACAAGGUACGCGAGGAAGGAGGAGGUUAAAUAAAUCGGGCUGUAAUCUGGUAUUUAUUUGGUCUAUGUUUAUGGCCUCUGAAAUAAUAUGUUGUUAUUGAAGGCGGGAACGUAAAAAAAAGUUCAUUUUAUUUCCAGGCUUGCCCCUGUGACGGAUUCUAUCAACGUUCCCCAACCCCUAAGCCCUAGUAUUCCCCUGUGCUCUAUGAUCUGACCAGGGAGGGCCUGGCAACCGACUGACAUGAAGAUGGCUGAUGCGGAGAAGUCGGAAGAGCUUGUCAAUUCCAAGACCCCUCCAGAAACCCCUUUGGAAGUUGCAGCAGGAGACAAGACCCUGAAAACAGAGACCUCCCCCUCGGAGAAGGAAGGAGACGGUCUCCUCCAGACCGACCCAGGUCUUCUUUCCGCCAUGCCUUGCCUUCUAAUGGAGCUUCGACGGGACUCUCCUGAGUCACAGCAGGCCUCCACGGAGAGCGAAAAACAGACGCCCAGCCGGACCUACGAGAGCGACUCCUCCAACCACUGCAUGUUGUCGCCAUCCUCCAGUGGCCACCUUGCUGACUCAGAUACACUGUCCUCUGCUGAAGAGAACGGGGCACCCCGAGCAGGGGCUUCCUGUGCCGCAGAAGGGGGGGACUCCAACUCUGGGGCCGGGGGGGUGGUGGUGGCAGGGGGCAGGAAGUCGAGGCGUUCGCGGUCUGAGAGUGAAAUGUCUUCCACGACCUCCAUGGCUGCUAAGAAGAACCGCUGGCAGGCGACUGGGGCAGAUAAACAGAAUGGCCGGCUAGCCAAGGUCAAGGGCCACCGGAGCCAAAAGCACAAGGAGCGUAUACGACUGCUGAGACAGAAGAGGGAGGCAGCCGCCCGGAAAAAGUACAACCUGCUGCAGGACAGCAGUACCAGUGACAGCGACCUGACCUGCGACUCCAGCACCAGUUCCUCCGAUGACGACAAAGAGGUGUCAGGAAGCGGCAAGACAAUCACAGGCAACAUCCCAGCUGGCUUCAGUCGCGCCGAAGGUUCUGCAGGAGUGACCGGUCAAAUUCAGGGACUACUAGACAGCGGCACUUCAUGGGACCGGAACUGCAUUGGCAACGUCUUGGAAGAAGCCAUGAACCGUUUUGCGGUGAUGCAGCGGCAGACAGAGGAGAGGUUUCGUGUGUGGAUGGACAAACUGACUCGACUAGACACCGAUGAUGAGACUAAGCCAUGCUCUGAACCCACAGAGCCCCAAAUCCAAAUGAUCGGCCAAAGGGUGCCGCCCACCACCCAGUCCAAUGCGUGCAUGCAAAUGUCCGGCAGCCAUUUGCACUCGCAAGCUUAUGUGCCAUAUGUAGUGAGCCACCAAAACAUCGACUCUGAAUCCUUCCAGAUCCCGUUCAACAACAACCACCCUCCCACCAGCUUUUCAGAAAAUGGAAACCCUGCUAGUCAAGAUUUGGAUCACUCAGGCAUUUAAGAACUGUGUCUUUAGGCCUGGAAAGUAUAUAACUUUUAAAUUGAAAUAAAUACUAAUCCUGUUUUUUUUUUUGUUUUUUUUCUUAUUAUUAAACUCUGGCCAAACUCCUGUAAAAUUGGAAUGUUAUAAUAAAAUGAAACAGGCCCUUGUAAUGAGGUUGAGUUCUAAUAGGCUGAAAACAUGACCAUUCCCACACUCCUAUUCAUGGACUUAAAGGACUAAUUCUGCAUGAAAAAUUAUCUAGUGUGCUCUGUUUUACUGGGGUUUCUAGUCUAGGAGGCUGUCAUAAUGUGAUGUUAAGACUCAGGUUUUUACAAUGGUGUCAUGAAAUCUUCCAGAAACCAUCUAAAAUAAGAGAGAAAGUAGCCUUUCAGACUUCUAUUUUGUUUUUUGUUUUCUAAUCGAACCUUCCAACUUUUAAUUGUUGUUGAGGUCUACAUUUAAUCCAAUAAAACCCCUUUUGAGGAGUCAUUUUACUUCCAGACUGUGCAAAAUCAGUCUUUUGACAUCCAAAAGAAUUACCUUUUCGGUCCACAGCCUUAAUGUAGUAUGCACUGCUUCCAAAUCAAAACCAGUUCCCUUUCAAGUACGAAAUGUAACAAUUACCUAAUGGGUGUUUACAAUCCUAAAGACCCGAAACCUGAAUAUUAUUUACCAAAGCUGCUCGGCCGAGCCUGUGACACUGUCAUGCCUGCCCCAGAGGGUACAAAAGGACUGCAUGCAUAGAUCUCUGCACCAUUUUUCCUUUCAAGAACUGACCUGACCGAGGGGCCUGGUAUGAGAUAAGUACUUGUUGCUUAUAUCUGUAUAAUUUGCUAAUGUUGUGUUUUACAUAAGUUAUACAAUAUUACAUUUACGUUGUGAUAGUUUUUUUAAUAUUAAUUACAUGUAUAUUGUGCACUACAGCCUGUUUGUUACGUCCCGCAGCGGCCUUGUGCUCUGCUGAAGCCAGCAGCUUGAUUCGCUCCUUCUCAGGGAUCAAGCAACGUAAGUCAGUUGACUUGUGCUCUCCCACAGACUUCUUAGCUCUGUCUGUAGUUCAAGUAAAAAUCUUUUUAAGUUACAAGCCAUUUAUUUUCUGAACUGUAAUUUUGUUAUUACUGUUUAAUGUGGAGAAAUAUUUUUCUCUUGUUGUAUUCUGUUUCUUUUUUUUAACAGAAAUACGCGCACAGCUGCUGGACCGAGAUACGCACUUUGGUUGAGAUUGCUUGCAGUCCCAUUCCACAGUAUCUCGUUGCCGUUUUAGUGACUGCUUUUGCGUCACCAUUACAAGGACUGUUUGUACCUCUAAAAAACAGGUUUCACUCAGUCUCAUAUGGGUACUUACUGUGUGGUUUUGCCAGUAGCUUGUACAGGAGGGCAUCCGUGUACAGUGCUACCCACGGUAACUGCGAACCGGUGGACCAAUACCAAACCGGGACCAAGGUUACCGUACCGACCCAGUGUUACAGUCACCGAACUGGUACCUUACCGACCCGGUGCUAAAGUCACCAAUCCAGUACCGUCACGCUACCGGCCAGUGCUUACAUCCCCGGUCCGGUACAAAAAACGUUUUUGUUCGGAUCUUGACCUGUUGCGUUGCUGUCUAUAAGCAGACUGAGGCAGCACCUGCACAUUGUUUACUGUACACUGCAUUGCAUCAUGCCUGGGUUUUGUCCCUGCGACACAUGCAAGGCCAAUCUGCAUGUUGAAGAGCAAAGGAGGCACUGACUAACCGCAGUUUCUGUGAGUUUUUUGUGCAUCUUUCUCCAAGCUCACGCUGGAGAAAUGUCUCUCCAGCGGCUGUACAGAGCACUCUGUGUCCCUUACACCUGCACGGCGCUCUUCCCCAUAAUCCUGUGGUAGAAAGAGGUGGCUGCGUCCUCACCCCAUGGCUUUGAACUAAGUGAGAACGAACGUCGCACCUGGGAAAGUAGACAGCCAUCUUCAUGGUCUUCAUCAUGCUCCUCUGCCCCUCCUCCCCCGAUGAAGAAGAGUCACUGUUCCAAGUAAUCAGCGGACUCAGAGCAGAUGGAGAAGCUCUGGGCAGCUGUUUCCCACCAAGAAAUGGUGCUUGCAGAGUUACUGCAUGAACGUUCGGCACCACCUGAGGAGGUGGGCGAACAAGAGCAGGCAUUCCCUUCUGAGGGCAUGGAGUCUAACCUCACAUCCCCUGCGGUUAAUCGCUCCCUGUUAGCAGAGCUUCUACCGCUGAUCAAGAAGGCCACUGCAGUCUUGCAAGUGCCUUGGCCUACAAAAGGUGGGACAAGGCAGUCCGUCUUUCAGUCUACCACCUCUCCCAUGCCCCCCCCCCCCCAGUGCACCCAGCUUUUCUUUUUGAGAUCCAGUUGUCAUGGGGUCACCCGGCUACAGCUCCUGCUGUUUCCUGGUCUAUGGGCAUCCUAUAUGGGGUGCAUGAUGUGGAGAAGCUAGGCCUGGCCCAAUUUCCACCGGUGGAUGCUUCAAUUGCUGCUUUGGUACAGGCGCCUAAUUAAGUGCUCCUGUCCAAGGACGCCAUCUGCACUAACAAGCAGUGAUGGGUCUCGGAGGUGAUCCUCAAGCGUGUCUAUUCAGCCAGUGCGUUCGCCGCACGGCUGGGCAACUAUAAUAGUAUUCUGGUAGCCUAAGAGUCCUAUUUGCUGAGGUUCCACUCUGACAGCCACAGGCCCUCACCACUACAAAUGGAUGAGCUACACCUGGUUAAUAAGAACCUGGUCUGUCUACCAAAACUGAACGGGCAGGCUGUAGGCAGGAAUCUGGCUGCAUUGAUAGCUGUACAUAGGCAGCUGUGGCUUUCACAGGCAUGCAUGCCUGACUUGGACAAAGCACUGCUCUUGGGUGCCCCUAUUACACCGGGACAUACAUUUGGUCCUGCGGUGGACAAGAUGCUGCAGCAUGGGAAUCCCAGCGUGGGGAAAACCGGCCGGUGGCUCCUCGCUGUGGAGACUUUAUUAGGUUAUGCCGCCUGGCGCAGAAACGAAAGCCUCGGGCCAAGUCACAAGCCAAGCAGCAGCCCUAGCAGUUUGCUGCCACAGGCCCAGGGCCCCUUCUCAGGGAGCCAUCUGGAGUAUUGGCGUCAGUGCACCUUGGACAUCUGGGUGCUGACUAACGUUCAAAAUGGCUACUCACUGCAGUUCAAGCAUGAUCCCCCUACCUUUCGGGGCUUGACUCCAACAUCAACCACGGACCCACAGCAUGCCGCAAUGGUGUCUCAGGAGGUAGCGGCUCUGCUGCAAAAACGGGUUAUUCACAUGAUAGAAAUUAAUAAUAAUGAUAGACCCUCUCCAGUUGGAGGAAGGGUUCUACUCCAGGUACUUCCUAGUCCCCAAGCAGGAUGUUGGCCUCAGACCAGACUUAUGCCCAGUCUUCAGCACAGGCAGCGGCCUACAAGGAACUUGUCACUGGCCACCUUCAAAAGUUGGGCCUUACGGUGAGUAAUGCGAAGAGCCAGCUCACGCCUUCUCAGACAGCCUCCUAUCUAGGAGUGUGCUUGGAUUCCAGGUUCAUACUAUCCACUCUGUUGGAUGACAGAGAGUAGAGAAUAGCCACCUGUUUAGAACUAUUUCAGCUCAACAGAGCUCUCAUGGUAGUGACAUUCCAGAGACUUCUGGGCUUGACACAACAGUGGUGGCUUACAUCAGCCACCAGGGUGGCCUCAGGUCGCCCAGUCUCCAUCACAUGGCUCGCAAGCUUUUGCUCUGGACACACAAGAACUGCGGGCAGUUCAUCUGCUCAGGGUGACAAACUGGAUGGCUGACCUCCUCUCAAGGAGAGUUCCCAGUGCCUCAGAGUGUAGGCUUCACUCCGAGAUGGUGAGCCUUAUUUGGUAGAGGUUCAGGAGAGCAGAUAUAGUUCUCUUUGCCUCCCAGGAAUCAACUCUCUGUCCCCUCUGGUUCUCCAUAAUAGGAAGCGGGGACCUGCUGGCAAUAAAUGCCUUGGCACACCAGUAGCUGUUAUAUGCCUUCCCACUGCUCGCCCUGCACCUCCUGUGUCUGGAGAAAAUCAGGUAGGACUGGGCCAAGGUGUUCCUAGUAGCCCCUUAUUGGCCUAGACUGGUUUUCAACCCUGAUGCAGCCGUGGAGACUGCCUGUGCUGCGACCUGCUCAGUCAGGCAUGAGGGACCUUAUGGCAUCCUGACCUGGUCCCUGAAUGGCUGCAUUUGAGCCAUCUGGGUCUGUCCAAUAAGGUUAUUGACCUUGCAAAAUGCCAGAGCAGCGUCCACGCAUUCCCAAUACGGGUAGAAAUGGGGCAUCUUUCAGACAUGGUGUCUGCCUUUGACCCCACGGCCUGUCCCAUGACAGUUAUACUGCAAUUUUUUCAGGACUUUUUAAAGGUGUAUCUGGCAGCCAUUUCAGCCUGCCAUGUCAAAAUUGACUCUGUUUCCCCAGGAGCUCACUUCCUGGCAGGGCAAUUUUUAAAGGAGCUCGGCGGCUUCGGCCGCCUAUGAAGGAUAUUGUUUGCAAUCACCUCUGCGAAUCGGGUGAGUGAGAUACAGGCAUUCUCAAUUGUGAAAGUCUGCUUAAUUUUUGCAGAAGCUAGGACAAAUGUUUCGCUCCGUACCAAUCCUACUUUUUUUGAGGCUUUAUAUCCACCUCCUUUUCAGUCUGACAGAGCGGCAGCUCCAUACGUUGUGUCCAGUGCGGGCCCUAGUGUAUUAUGUUGACAGGAUGAAAAGUUGGAGGAAGUCCGAACAAUUUUUUGUCUGCUAUGGGGCGAAGUCCCACAGUCAAGCCUUGCCUAAACAGAGGCUGUCCAGAUGGAUAAUGGAUAGCAGAUAGUCAGGACUGCCUAUGAGUGAGCCAGCUUGUCCCUUCCACAAAAGCUGCCCAUUCCACCAGGGGCAUGGCAACCGCAUGGGCUUUAUUCCAGGGUGCAUCUGUCAGAGACAUAUGCAAUGCAGCCUUGUGGUCUACUUCCCAUACCUUCACCAGGUUCUACAGACUGAAUGUCAUGGAUCCUAAAAACCCUGGCUUUGGAACUAGAGUGUUAAGGUUGGCUUCCGAGUCAACCCUUACAACACAGGUGUAGAGGUGAGUUUCUCCCUCAAUUUUUGAGCCCCAGCUACUGUUACUGGGGUCCUGAAUGGUCAUGCACAAGGCAAUCUUGGCUUAGCCUUGUAACAUUCUGGUCAUACUGCAAUUUUGCCCUUGUGACAGCUUGGGUAUACUGACCCAUUCGGUAAUGGUUACAUUUCAUACUUGAAAGGGAGCGUUAGGUUAUUAUCAUAACCCUGGUUCCCUGAAAUAGAAAUGUAACCAUUUACUUUCAAGGUCGCUGCGUCCAUGAUUGCAGUAGCCUUGAAAGGAGAAAUUACGCUGAGGUCUGUGAGUGUUGACCUUUUGUACCCUUGGGGGCGGGCAUGACUGCAUCACAGGCUGUGCGAGCAGCUUUGGUAUUUAAUAAUCGGGUUUACCUUUAGGAGGUAAACACCCAUUAGGUAAUAUGUUACAUUUCUAUUUCAUGGAACCAGGGUUAUGAUAAUAACCUAACGUUCUCUACUGUGCAUACAUUACUUGACAGUAUCUUGGUUUCAAGCUCCUGGUCAGCUCAACUCUAAAGCUGACCACGUUUUUAGAAAACAAAUCAAAUCGCCCCGAUUGAUCCAGUUUCAUCAUCUUGACUUGAUGAUUACUGACUUGCAUGUUAUGAUUUUACAGCUGGUAGUCUGACAUUGUAGUGUACUGCUGAUGUAAAUAAAGAGAAAAAACCUAGAUUAUACAGGAAGUUUGAUUAGAGAAUGUAGUACUGUGUGAAAUAACAAAUAGUUUUUGUGGGGCUACCAAAGGAAAAACUUUGAAUUGGUAGAAAAGAAAAUAGUGUAAAUUUAACAUGAUGGAAACUAGUAUGUUUGCGUAGAAAUCAGGUGUGAGAUUUGCAUUUUUUCUACCAAAUUAUCAUAGCAAUACAAGCAGAUCUUUAUAUUAAGGCAUGCAGGUUCAAUAAGGCAUGGCUAAAGAAGUAAUAUAAAUAGUUUAAGUGGUAUUCAUUGACAUUUUCUAGAACAGGGUACCAAGUGUGCUACAUCCAAAGCAUGUCCUGAAAUUGUAAAAAUAUAGAUUAAACACGAAUAGACACAUUUUCUAAUAGCUUAUUCAACUUUUUUUCCUUUUUUUUUCCUUUACGUUUUGAAGCUGCUAUUGAAAGAAACUACUAUGUUAGUCUUUGCACAAAUUUCUGGUAACAAAGAAAUUGACAGAGCUUUGAAAAAUGUGAUUAAUAUUACUCCAUUGUGCUUUCAUACAAGGGGGUGAGUCUGAGAUACAACAUUGUACAUGUUUUCCCAGAGCUUUACGAAAGGGAUGCUGUUUUUCUACUAUACUAUCAUAAACAAAAGACAAAAAUAUGGAUUUCUUCAUCUUAAAGACUAGUUUUGGAGAAAGAGGUUCUGUUCAAAUUGCAUCAAAGUAUUUGGUGAUAUGCAUCUUCUGAAGCAUUUUUAUAAGAUCCACUAACUUAUUUUUUAGUCUAAAUGUUAAAACUAGGCUUUUUAAAAAUGUCAGUCUUGGUGUGUUACGGUGCUGUAAUUGUUUUUACUUUUUGUUUUUGACUAUGCUUUUAAUUUGUGCAUUUGCUAAUCCCUAACAGUUAAUGGGAAGUGUGCCAGUUUACUUCUCAUGCUCACUCCUGCUAUAGUGAAAAUGUAAGUUUUUUUUGUUUAUUUUGCUUUCUCUUUUGUUCUUAGAGGUUAUUUUGCAAAGUGACUUUUUUUAAACCUUGUACAUUUGCUGUAAAAUUGACUAACAAAUACAUUUUCAAAAUGUACAGUGUUUCCUUUUAAUAUUUGAAAAUAAAAAUGCAGAUUGCUUUGGGUAAA